UGCAAGAUUUUUUCAUAAAAUAAUUUGGUUUUUCUAUUACUACAUAGAAGAAUAAUAGUUGAAUAAUAUAGUGUUAUUAAGGGGUAAGAAAAAGAAAAUGAUGAGAGUGGCAGUGGUGGGUGGUGGAAUAAGUGGAUUGGUUUCAGCAUAUGUGUUGGCCAAAGAAGGAGUGAAUGUGACUCUUUACGAGAAAGAAGAUUAUUUGGGAGGUCAUGCAAAAACUGUGAAUGUUGAGGGUCUUGAUUUGGAUCUUGAUUUUAUGCUCUUCAACCGGGUAUCUUAUCCUAACAUGAUGGAGUUGUUUGAGAAUCUUGGAGUUGACAUGAAAUUAUCGGACAUGUCAUUUGCCAUUAGUCUUGAUGGCGGUUACGGCUGUGAAUGGGGCAGCAGAAACGGUUUGUCUGGCUUGUUUGCACAGAAGAAGAAUGUGAUCAACCCUCACUUCUGGCAAAUGCUUAGGGAAAUUAUCAAGUUCCAAGAUGAUGUUACAAGCUAUCUUGAUAUGCUUGAUAACAAUUUGGAUAUGGAGCCCAAUGAGACUUUGGAGAAAUUCAUAAAGACAAAGGGUUAUUCUGAAUUAUUUGUAAAAUCAUAUCUUAUUCCAAUUUGUGGUUCUAUAUGGCCCUGCACUUUUGAAGGAGUUAUGAGCUUUUCUACUUUCUCAGUUUUCUCCUUCUUUCGCAAUUACCAUCAUCUUCAGCUCUUUGGAAGACCGCAAUGGCUAACUGUUAAACGUGGUUCACACACUUAUAUUAAAAAGGUCAAAGAAGAGCUUGUUACAAGAGGUGGUCAAGCAAUAACAAAUUGCGAGGUGGAAUUGGUUUCAGCAACAGAAAAUGGAUGUCUUGUGCACUGCAAAGAUGGUUCCAAAGAAAUGUAUGAUUGCUGCAUAAUCGCGACACAUGCACCUGACACUUUAAAAUUAUUAGGAGAGGAAGUGACAUAUGAUGAGCGAAGAAUUCUAGGUGCUUUUCAAUAUGCAUAUAGUGAUACUUUUCUUCACCAUGACAAAAAUUUAAUGCCUCGAAACCCAUCAACAUGGAGUGCAUGGAAUUUUCUUGGAUGUAACAAUAAUAACAGAGUUUGUGUGACAUUCUGGCUCAACAUUCUUCAGAAUCUUAGUGAAACAAGAUUACCCUUUCUUGUAACUCUAAAUCCAAAUCAUACACCAAAAAAUACCCUUCUUAAGUGGUCAACUAAACAUCCAGUUCCAUCAGUUGCUGCAUUCAAAGCUUCACAUGAGCUUCAAAAAAUUCAAGGAAAAAGAGGAAUUUGGUUUUGCGGCACUUACCAAGGUUGUGGAUUUCAUGAAGAUGGAUUAAAGUCUGGCAUGAUUGCUGCAAAUGCAGUUCUUGGAAGAUGUUGUUCCCUCCAAACAAACCCCAAACACAUGGUACCAUCCUGGAAAGAACUUAGUGCACGCUUUUUUGUGAUGAGAUUCCUAAGUUCCUAUGUCAAUACCGGUUGUUUAACUUUAUUGGAGGAGGGAGGAACAACGUUUACCUUCGAAGGAACCGAUAUGAAGUGCUCUCUAAAAUGUGUUAUGAGAAUUCACAAUCCCCAAUUUUAUUGGAAGGUUAUGACACAAGCUGAUUUAGGCCUUGCAGAUGCAUAUAUUAAUGGAGACUUCUCCCUUGUUGAUAAAGAUGAAGGUCUUCUAAAUCUUUUUCUGAUUUUCAUAGCAAACAGAGAAUCAAAUGAUUCAAGCUCAAAAUUAAAGAAAAAUAGGGGUUGGUGGACACCAGUUUUCCUUACAGCUGGUUUAGCAUCUGCAAAUUUCUUUAUUAAGCAUUACUUUAGAAAAAAUACUAUCGCACAAUCUCGUCGCAACAUCUCUAUGCACUAUGACUUGAGCAAUGAAUUAUUUGCACUAUUCCUAGAUGAAACAAUGACAUAUACAACUGCAGUGUUCAAGAACGAAGAUGAAGAUUUGAAAGAUGCACAGAUGAGAAAAAUGUCUCUUCUCAUUGAAAAAGCUAGAAUAAACCAGACACAUGAAAUUCUUGAGAUCGGAUGCGGAUGGGGAAAUUUAGCCAUUGAAGUCGUCAAACAAACUGGCUGCAAAUGCACUGGCAUCACUUUGUCUAUAGAGCAACAAAAACUUGCAGAAAAAAGAGUUAGAGAUGCUGGACUUCAGGAUCAUAUCAAAAUUCUUCUGUGUGACUAUCGCCAACUACCGAAGACAUUCAAAUAUGAUAGGAUUAUAUCUAUUGGAAUGAUAGAAGCAGUUGGUCAUGAAUACAUGGAAGAGUUCUUCAGUUGUUGCGAAUCACUAUUGGUAGAUGAUGGACUUCUAGUUCUCGAGUUCAUAUCGAUCCCAGAUCAGCGUUAUGAUGAGUGUAGGCGCAGUUCUGAUUUCUUGAAGGAAUAUAUUUUCCAUGGGGGAUGUCUUCCCUCCCUAAGUAGGAUAACAUCUGCCAUGGCAGCUACAUCAAGAUUAUGUGUAGAGCAUACUGAGAAUGUGGGACCUCAUUACUACCAAACACUUAAGAGGUGGAGAACUAGCUUCCUAAAAAAUCAGAGUAAAAUUUUGGCUCUUGGACUCGAUGAAAAGUUCAUCAAGACAUGGGAAUAUUAUUUUGAUUUCUUAGGUGCAGGUUUUAAGUCACGAACAAUUGGAAAUUAUCAGAUUGUUUUCUCAAGGCCUGGCAACAUCACUACACUACAGGAUCCAUACAAAAGUUGGCCCUCGGCAUAAUGUUGAGAACAAGCCAUGACACAUAAUAAUGGC